CAAUUUCGUCUGUUGUUAAUAAUCAUAAUGUUAGGCGCUUAAGGCGCAAUCACAAUUCACAACCCUAAAAAGAAUUAAAAUUUAAAAAGGAACAUAAAUAAAGAAAAUAAACGCACACGCACUCGCACGCACACUGAACACGCACAGUCUGCAAGGAGAAUUUCCUCAAAACCCAAGCAAUCCUAAAUUCGAUUUCUCUCUCCGAUUGAAUCUUUUUAGCUUCGUCCCCAAGUCAAUUCUCCGAUUUGCAGGUAGAAUGAUGCUGUGUAGAAUGGUUGGCCGGAAGAGGAAGACGGGGACGGUGCCGGUGUACCUCAACGUGUACGAUCUCACGCCGAUCAACGGCUACGCGUACUGGCUCGGCCUCGGCAUCUACCAUUCUGGAGUUCAAGUUCAUGGAGUUGAAUAUGCAUUUGGCGCACACGAUCGCUCGACAACAGGGAUAUUUGAGGUGGAGCCGAAGUGUUGCCCGGGAUUCACGUUUAGAAAGUCCAUCUUGAUCGGUAGAUCGGAUUUGGGUCUCAAGGAGAUCAGGGCAUUCAUGGAGAAACUAGCCGAAGAAUACUCGGGCAAUUCGUAUAAUCUCAUCACCAAGAACUGCAAUCACUUCUGCAAUGAUGUAUGCCUUCGAUUGACUGGAAAAUCGAUACCGAGAUGGGUCAAUCGUCUUGCUCGACUUGGUCUAUUCUGCAAUUGUGUUCUCCCGGCGGGUCUGAACGAGACAAAGGUGCGCCAUGUCAGAGCUGAAGACAGGAAUAGUGAGAAGAAAAAGCUAACAAGUCAGUCCAGUAGGUUUGUUUCUACUUCCAAUCGACAUAAAUUGAGUAGCAACAGUUCGAAAAGUUUUGGAGUAAGAAGCUGUAGACACAGAACUCAAAAUUCAUCUUCAUCAUCUUCUUUCUGUUUAUCUCCACUAUCAUAAGUUUCUGUCUGUUUUUUUUUUUCUUUUUCUUUUUUUUUUUU